GUGUUGACGAUGACGUACCUCUCAUCCGCACCCUGCCGAAGAAGCGUGGUACCUACCUCCUAGGUAUUCUUGGAUCAACCAAAAUAUAGCUGGUGGGUGAACACGGCUAUGGCUUGCUGGAUCGUGAUAUCUUUCAUCCAACACUAUUCUCAUAUCAGGGGAGUAUUUGCACAGCAUCGUGAUGCUCAACUCGUCGAGAGAGACAGUCUCCGACAGUGUGACGCAAUUUCUGGUUGCCAUCAGGAUGACCCUGUCUGUAAAUACAAGUCUCUCUUGCAUGUAUAUAUGCUACUGUGUCCGAUCAGAUACGUCGGCUACGUACUCGCUAGAAAAUGUCAGAUUCAUUCGGGGAAGAUCCAGUCCGAUCAUGAUGUUGGUGGUCGAGACACAACAAAGCAGUUGUGUAGAGUCCCUGAUCACUCUGAGAGCGGCGUGAUGAGCCCACUCAAGUCGAGACCGAACGAUGUGAAUAAAACACGAAGCAACAACUUGGACCAGCCAUAUCGUCAUGCAAUUAUGCAACUAUCCUACGCAACUACAGGUUCAAGCUGUAGGGAAAUCUAACUUGCGAUGCAGCCUGCUCACAAUCUCGAUAAAGUCUGGCUCGUUCUGGGCGUUCAAUACACCGUGACGAAUGAAGAAGUCGAGCAAAACAACGGCACAGUUCGGC